CACACCGUAAGUGCGGACGGAGACGCCGGGACGGGUCCCCGCGGCGGGCGGGUCAGUGCAGGUGGGAGCGUGGGACGGCGGCUGGGGCGGACGGCGAGAGGCCUGGAGCGCCCGGCUCGGGUUUUAACCGCAGGCGGAGCCGUGCGAGGAUCCUACACGGGGCAGGUGUUAGAAGGAUCCUCCUGGAGCUGGUGGCCUGGUGAGGUGGCAUGUCGGAGACACCCAGGCAGCUUGGGAGGCCACCCUCCCAGAGACGCAGCAGUCCCUCCCGCCCUGCCCAGAGGCCGGCCGCCGGCGGUCUGCAGCGCGCACCGCCUGCUCACGGCCACGCGCGGCGUGCCUGCAAGUUCCCAGCGCGGCCAGAGGACGUGCUCUGGGCGCCCCGAGUGCGGCUCCGCGGGCAGCGGCAGCGCCACAGCGGGUGGCUCUCAAUACUCCAGCCCUUCGGGUGCGUCGCCUGCGGCCGCGCCUUCAAGGGCUCGCGCCACCUGGCGCACUCGGGCGCACGGCUCCCGCACGCCUGCCCGCUCUGCCCGCGCCAGCUUGCAGACCCGGCCUGCGCUUCCCUGCCUCUCUGGGUCCACGCCCUGCACUGGGGCGCUGCCGCCGGGCCUCGGUUUCCCCCUCUGCGCCGCGGGAGCGUUCGUCUCUCCGCGCUCUGUUCCGGGUGUCAUCAAGACAGGGCCGCGGCUGCUCCUUGGGCCUCGACUUCCCCAUCUGCGCGGUGGGAAAUGCCACCCUUCUCCAUCUCCGUAUCUGGCAACGUCUGGCCUUCUCUCAGCCUCAGUUUGCCCAUUUGCUGGGCAGGAGAUCAUGGCUGUACCACAUCAGAGCCAAUGGCUGGUCACUGGACUUCGGUUUCUCCCUUUGCCCCGCCUACAGAACGGUCCCUCCCCAGCUCUCUGCCUUGCCGGGCAGGGGGAUGCCAGCGGGACGGCCCGGUGGGAACAGGACCAACUCGGCUGCGCCCUUUCCCUGUGCGACUUCGGGCAAAGACUUAGCCUCGCCUAGCCUCAGUUUAUUAUCAAUCGACCCGUCACAGCGACCGAUCUGUCCUGUCGGGGGUGCGAGGAGAGCAGGCGACAGCGACGGCCUGCCUCAGUGGUUCCCACGCUCUCGCCCC